AUGAAAGUUUCUUUUCUAUGAAGUAAUUUGCCUUUGCUUUUUAGAAAUAAAAAUAAAUAAAAAAGGUAAUUUCUGAAGAGAGAAUGGGAGGAGCAGCAAGGCGUUUGGUGGUUUUUUGGUUGAUUGGAUUUUUUUUUAUUUUGUAUUGCAGUGCAAGAAAAACUAGCCCAUCACUGACUAUAAAAGGCACUUCAACAAAAAAUGGUACUCUUUUGGGAAACCUGACGACCUCACCUCCAAGUACAACUACACCAACGGAAGUUGUUCAUAAAACUGCUGUUGUAGAAACGGCUGAGGAAAAAGAAAAGCAUGGAUCGAUGACAAUUUUUUUUGUGUUAAGUGUUUUAGGCCUCUGCAUUAUAUCAAUUCAUAUCCUGAUUAAAACAAAGUUUGCUUACUUGCCUGAAAGUGUGGCUGUUGUUUUUCUUGGUUGCAUGAUUGGUGCAAUAAUCAAGUUGCUACAGAGAUAUAAUUUGGCCAAUUGGGAGAAAGAAGAGUUGUUCGAUCCAACAAUUUUCUUUCUGGUGCUCUUACCCCCAAUUAUAUUUGAAUCUGGGUACAAUCUACACAAGGGGAAUUUCUUUGCUAACCUUGGCUCUAUUAUCGUGUUUGCUAUUUUCGGAACAAUUAUUUCUGCAGUAAUUGUUGGAAGCGGUAUAUAUUUUUUAGGACAGGCCAAAAUUACUCCCCAGCUUGAUAUAAGAGAGAGUUUUGCGUUUGGUUCGUUAAUCUCUGCUGUUGAUCCUGUUGCUACGUUAGCAAUUUUUCAUGCAUUAAAUGCUGAUCCGUUGUUGAACAUGUUGGUAUUUGGAGAGAGCAUCCUAAACGAUGCUGUUGCAAUUGUUCUGACAAAAGCAGUUCUAAAUUCUGGUACAGUUUUUGAAUCUGUCAUCGCUUUCAUCAAGAUUUUUUUUGGUUCUGCUGGAGUUGGUGUAGCAUUUGCACUAAUAAGUGCUUUAAUUUUAAAACAUGUGGACCUUCGUCAACAUCCGUCACUGGAGUUAGGAAUGAUGGUGGUUUUUUCUUAUGCACCAUAUGAGUUAGCAGAAGGUCUACAGUUAUCAGGAAUCAUGGCAAUAUUAUUUUGUGGCAUUGUUAUGUCACAUUACACACAUUUUAAUUUAUCGCCAGUAACACAAAUCACUGUACAACAUUUGUUCAGAACAGCUGCUUUUGUCAGUGAAACAUGCGUGUUUGCAUAUCUUGGAAUGUCCAUCUUUAGUUACAGUCAUAAAUUUGAAGCUUCGUUCAUCAUAUGGAGCAUAGUGUUAUGUUUGAUUGGGCGAGCUGCGAACGUGUUUCCUUUAUCUUUUAUUUUGAAUUUCUUCCGUGAAACAAAAAUCAAACGCACCAAUCAACUUAUUAUGUGGUUUAGUGGUCUCCGUGGAGCGAUUGCGUUCGCCCUUGCCAUCAACAUUGAAGGUUUCAGUGAAGAAAUAAGCCGGCUUUUAGUCACGACUACACUUGUGAUUGUCCUCUUCACUCUGCUUGUUUUGGGAGGCUCAACACUACCAUUACUAAAGUGUUUAAAAGCAACUAGAGACGAACAAGUGACAUUGAGUAAGACUGCUGCAGAGGGCAGUGCUGUGGACGCGGAGCAGUUGACAGACGACGAAAGAAGAAUACAUAAAAUCACCAGAAAAGGUUUUACAAAAUUAGAUAUGCGAUAUCUGCUACCAUUUUUUACCAGAAGAAUCACGAAGCAGGAGCUUCGCGAUGCGCAACACGAGAUGCAACGAUUGACGUCACAAUGGUAUACCGAAGUGCGAGAAUCUCCAGACACUGGUAGUGACCAGGACGAAGUUGAGUUCAAGGCUACUUCAUCCCUUCUGUAAAUGUAAUGCUCCAGAAAUAGAUGUUGCUCUUGGUAAACUGGAAUUCAAAGCUGCUUGCUUUGCCUGACUUUGUAUUAAAUAUUAUUUCGAUUGUUUCUGCAUGUUAUAUUUCGUUUUUAAAACGCUCGUUUUCGGCGUGAAUUUUUCACUCUUUGCACGCACGACUCAAGAUAAAUAUUUUAAAACUUACCCGUGUUUAUUCCCAGCGUGACACAUUUAUCUUUGCAAUUACUCUUAAGUGCAGAAACUUUCAUAGGCAAAAAUAUUUGCGGACUUCACAAAUCUAAAUUUUACGUCGCAUUGUUAAUGGUCACAAAAUUUUCCAAGAGCGUCGACUCACGAAAGAUUCUGUUUGCAAAAUAUUCUAAUAUAAAUUACUCGCGAAAAUUUAUGUUCAGGAAACGAAAACAUUAUGCGAAUUUACCUAUUUGCGAAAGUAUCUGCACUGAAGAUAGAUAAAGUUUGGAGUUGAAUUUAUUUAUUUAUCGAAUUUGGGUUUAUGUUAGUAUUAUUGUAACUAGAUUUUUUUUACUUUACGAACUAAAUCAUAAAUCGGCAUGACAAUCAAAUUUUUCACAGAUUUUUCAUUUUAAGUGGAAUAUUUUUCGCUUUAAUUAAUUAGUGCAAUGUCUUAUAUCAGGAUUGCUUCACAAUCUCCCACCAUACCUCCAGGCUCCAACAAAGGCCUAUCCACCCAUACACUAAAAACCUUUUUAAAACUCAAAAAAAUUGCGAUAUGUUUCUCAUGUGUCCCUUAUUAAGAAAGUAAAAUUCGGCGAAUUUUAAAUUGAGAAGUAUCUGCAUAAAAGAAACUUAUUUUCUGUAAAAAAUUCUGGCGUGGGACGGUUAAAAUUUUAAGUUUUGUAGCCUAUCUACAUACCUAUCUACUAAUUUACUUGUAAAUAACAAAAAGCAGAAAGUUUUAAUUUAAAACGUAGGCUUUUUGAAAUUUAAAAGCCACACAUACCUUUUUUUUUACUGAUUGUGUGUCCAUGAUGAAAAAAAAAACAUAUCUCUUCCUUACCAGAAUGUUAAAACAACCAUUUUGGAGAACGAACAAAACUUUCAGGAUCAAGACGCGCGAAAAUUAUUAGUUACCAACCCUUUAGGGGUUUACCCGGAGGAAAUAGACGUGGACGUCCUUACUUUUGAAGCAAUCUAUUGGUUAAAAUCUGGUUACUAUUUAAAGACAAUUUGAACUGCAUGACUUUGUGUAAAUAUGAAGGUUGUUUUUUAUGUAUUUUAGUAUAUUUAAGGUUUUAUUUUUGUUUUUGUUUUUGUUUGGAUAUACAUUUUGCAAUACUGACAUAUACUAGCA